AUGUCUUCCCCAGCCGAUCCAGAGGGUAAUAGUCUUCCUGUCCACAUCACAGGGUCUCUACCCAAACGCCCGCCAACGUAUAGCACGAUUGCAACUUUCCCUCCUGGCUCCUUUCUCGAGAACCUUGCCGUGCGUCGUGAUGGCUCGAUCCUCGUCUCCGACAUGUUGAGUGGGAGUAUCUGGUAUAUUGACCCUCACGUAGAGGAUGGGACCACCCAACGAACCGUGGAGCUGGUUCACAAAUUUGCGCCCGAAGACGCGCAGGUUGAGGAGUCAUUGGCUGUUGACAAGCCUGACGAGCAAGAAGAAAGAGAAGGCGAAGGUCAUGGUUCCUAUGCAUCCACCCCUGCCGCGGAGGCAAUCGUUGAAUCCCCAAUUACACCGGAUUUGUUCUACCUGUUCUCUGGUAUUCAUGGCAAAAAGGGCACGUGGUGGGUCUACGUGUUGGACAUGCGCUCAUUUCUCCCAUAUGCGAGCCCUGCGAAGACUUCGGCCACAGGCCAAGUGGCCACUGGAGUCAAAGUCAAGCGCCUCGCCCCAGUUCCGGCCGCGACAUGGCUCAACGGAGGCACUGCUGUCCCUCACCGCUCAGAACCCUUGAUCUUGAUGGCAGAGUCGUAUCAAGGACGUCUGUACUCUUACAAUAUCGUAAGAGGAAACGUGGACAUCUGGCUCGAGCACGCUCUCUUGGGGAAAAUGACGACACGACCGCCCUGGCCGGGGGUCAAUGGCGUCAAAUACCAUCACGACGGGAGAGACAGCUGGAUCUAUUUCACGAACUCGGACCGCGCGAUUUUAGGACGCGUAACGGUUGACCAUCAAGGCGUAACGCCAGUCGCUGCACGCAAUUCAGAGGCGCAGAUCGACAUCGAGAUUCUUGCGAGUGGUUGUGGCGGUGACGACCUCUGCAUCGACGGAGAAGGAAAUAUCUAUGUGGCGACAAACCCGAUGAACACGGUGCUGAAAUUUCCUUUACUUGCUACGACUCCCAGUGCCGGUUCAGGAGGAAAGGCAAAUGCGCAGACAGAGCGUCAAGUCAUUCUUGGCCUGUACCGGCCUCAGUUGUCUACUGAAGAGGCAUCCGCAUCGCGACCGCAACGAGACUCCGAUCUAGAAGUCGAAGUCGACCGGGCCACGACGGGACCUACUGCAGUUGCCUUUGCAGCCACGACAUCCGAUGCAAAGGGCCUGUACGUCGUCACGAAUGGUGGGAUAAUCAAUCCCGUCGACGGUGUCGUCAGAGAGGCGCGACUGUUAAGAGUACAUCUUUAG